AUGGACACAUCAGACGGAAAACCAGCAGAGACAUUAGCACGUCCUGCGUGUUCUGCUCUCAGCCAUCGAGAUGCCCUCUGUAACGUUAAAAAGGCAGAAGAUGUGUCUUUCGACAAUCCUCUGGCUUUAGCUGAUGUGACCAAAAUGGCCACCAGAGGCAGUCCUCGUUUUGGCGCCUUGAGUCACCACUCCUUCUUCUCCCGUCACAACCCUCAUCCCAACAGGGUGACACACAUUCAAGGUCUGAAUGGGAAUCCAGUGUGUAUGGUUAAUGAUGACUGGUAUGUUACCACCCCGUUAUUACCUCACCCAUUCAUUAAGAGCCAGCUACCCAGAACUAUGCCUGGAGCACCUGCGAUUCAGGAUCUUUAUAGGCAAAGCAGUGGAAUUAACAGCGCAAACCACAGUAGAGCUCUCUUGUCAGAAACCUGGAGGGAAGAGCUUAAAGAUCUGGCUGCAAAAGUCAGCAUUUCGGCAGUCAGAAACGACAAAAAAGCUGGGCCAGAAGACAGGGCGGCCUGCAGAAAGACCCAGUACUCGGCUCAAACUGGCCGGAUCAUUCCUCCCUGCUCGCAGGCUGCAGAUAGACGAUCUUCCCACUCCUCGCGGAGAGCCCCAGGACCCAGGGGACAACCCCCACCACCAGUCCUUUAUCACCAGGAGCUCAUGGUGCUGGAACUUCUGUGCCAAAUCCUCCAGACUGAUUCCUUAUCUCAGGUCCAGCAGUGGCUGCUCCUUGCAGGACAGAGAGAGAAAGACAUGGUGAUGGACUUGAUCCAGAAAGCGGUGGAUAGCAGUAUGCUGAACACCCAGGACCAGGGCCUACAAGAUCAGGGAGUAACACCUCGCUCAUGCCAAUCUCUUCUUGCAAGAGCACCCCUCACAGGCCAGCACUGGAGAAAACAUGGACUCUCCAGGUAA